UGCAUAUAUCGUUCGAUGUUGGAACAAGUUAAGUAUGGCGGACGAUGAUAGACAAGGUGCCGAUGAUAAGGUCGUUUUGGGUAUAUCCAAUGUCCGCAGCUUCGCUGCAGCUCUGCAUUGCAUCCGCGCUGGGAACAAGCAGAUCUGCACUAUUUCAAUAUCAUCAAGCGGCGUAAGCGUUGUGUGGGAAGAUGAAUCGAAAGCCAUGCAAGGUUCCGUGUUUUUUAAGCCGGAGCUCUUUGCACGCUUCCACUGCUCGGCGGAUGUACGGCAUGAAUUCGGGAUCCAGUUGCAGCUGCUGCUCGACACGCUGGCCGUGUUCGCAAGCGCGGCUGCCCCCAUGACCGCACACUAUCCGGGGCCGCAGGGGGAGCUGGUGUGCGAAAUGACCGACGCAGCCGCCGGCGGCGGCGGCAACGGCGGUCCCAGUCAGCGGCUGGGGUCGUUAGCGGUUGGCGGCGGCGGCGGCCCGGGAUCCGUGUGCACUUGGGCCCGCAUUGUGUGUCUGCAGGCGGAGACGGUG